UUCGCAAAGGCUCAGCUGGGCACCAGCUCGUCAUCUUGGCUGCUCACCUGUCUACAGACCAGGCCGACACCUGCGUACGAUUCUGCAUGCUUGUGAGGGCCAAGGGACUGGCUAGAAAUGCUGCAGUCACUGCAGAAGCUAUGGAUGAUGGGUGUAUUUCCAGCGCAUCACGUGCGUGGAGCUAGCCGAGUUCUACAAACACGGCUCGAUCACUCUCCCCCUUCCUCCUGCUCACCACCGCGCGUAAGGCCUCGACGGAGGCCUUCGCUGGUGGUCCUUUCCAGCACCGGCUGCACAGCAUUGAGCUUCACCCGCCUACCACCCUUGGAUGGUGCCUCCUUUAGGAGAGCUUUGGUGGUUUUUCAUACGUAGUAGGACCUAGAUGCUGCGCUCUGGCGUGCCAGCCAGGCUCUUACUACGUAUAAUGAGUUGCCGUGGGCCAAAAACCAGUACAUACAUUUGCGGCA